UAUUUUUCAACUUAUAUAUUGUUCGAUCGAAUUUAGAAAAUGUAAUUGAAUGCUCUUAUCUUGCAUUAACUUGUGUCGCGCAUCUGCCAAAAUUAUUUCUAGUAAUGUUUCGUGGCAAUAAAAUACUGGAAUUUUUUCAAAGACUACAUCAACCAAUAUUUGCACCGAAACAACAGGAACAUCACUUUCUACUGAAGAAAUAUGAAUUUAUUGCCAAAGCGAGUAAUGUUGUAUUUCUAACUAUGUGUCUAUUUACAAUAACGCUUUGGUGCAUCAUUCCAUUUGUGGAGAAAAGUCAGAAAAAUCAAUUAUUGUAUGUGGCUUGGUACCCUUAUGAUACAACAAAGAAUCCUCGUUAUUUCAUUACAUACAUUUCUCAAGCCUUUCUUUUAUACAGAACAGCAUCAGUGAAUGCAAUGAUAGACACGAUGAUAACAAAUUUCUAUGUCAUUAUGAUGGGACAAAUAGAAAUUUUAAAACAAGAUUUAAAAAAUUUAGCAGACAUUGUUAAUCAAAAAGAAAAUAUAGUCAAUGAUUGCAUUGAAGAAUCAUUGGAAGAACUCUUAAAUAGACGAAUUAUAAAAAGCACUGAACAUUACAAAGAAAUAUUAAAAUACAUUCAUGAUGUGACAAAUUUCUUUGAAGUGGGUAUUGUAACUCAAGUGUGUGCAAGUACAAUUGUUAUUUGUACUUCAACUUAUCAAAUGACAUUAGUAAGUUUACUAUUUCGACAAAUGUUUCUCUAUAAUCUCGCUUGGAAUAUUCAAGUUAGAUUUUAA